GUUAUCGAUGAAGCAGUCGUAUUCUGACGGCGGUCCCGGGCAGGGCCCUUGCAAUCUCUCAAUCUUGGAUCUUGAACUGGUUGAAUUGUCUAGUGAGUAACCUGCAGCAGAGCCUGGCUGCAAAUAAAUGCUCGUGUAACCUCAGCUGCGGGGUACUACAUAUGCUACUGCAAGCAUCCCUACUUGGCGCCUAUUUCAGCCUCACUUGAACAAAUUGUCUUGAUCACCAUUAGGCAUCUACUUGUGCUUGCUAGAGGCGUUUGAGAGGCCAAGUAUCGGAAUGUUGUGGGAAAUACGCUUCAGCCCAGACUAUGGAUCCUCUGUCAAUCAGCGCAAGCGCGGUUGCACUUAUCACAGUCUGCGUUGAGACGGUGAAGGUUAUCAAGACGACCGUCGAGACGGUCAAGACGGCGAAGAAAGAAUUGUUGAACAUUCUGAACGCCACCAACCGAGUGCGAUUGCUGCUCGAGCAGCUUCGAGGGUUAACUCAUCAACUUGGUAGCAAGAACAACCAGGUUCUCCUUGCCUUCGAUAAGAGUGGCUGCGAAGAAGUCCUUGAUGAUCUUCGGCGCCUGGUCAAUAAACUGGCACAGUCCGACAAAUUUGUUGGCUUUCAAUUUCUGGUGCGACGAAGCAAGAUUGAGGCCCUCGUUACUGGGCUACGGACCCAAGAAGAUGGGAUUCGCACUGUCCUCCUAUCGGUUGCUACGGAGUCGGCAGUGUUCACCCGAGAAUUCGUGCAAACACUGAUGAAUGGAGCAAACGUACAAGCAGUCUCGAUAUCUUCCAUUACACAGAGCUCCAACGGAGAAGUGGACGAGCCGCCACCUCCUUUCGCUGAGCACGCUGAGCCAACGUCGUCCAACGAUAAGACUACGGGGGUGGCCAUCACCACUUCGUCAUUGGCAGCUCCGGCCAAUUCAAAGACAAAAAAAUCGACUACAGAAGACCAAGGUCGGGCCGAGGACAUGGUAGCUCUGGCCGAGAACGAUCUGCCCGCCACGCCUGGCUCUGGUGAGGCAGGGGAACCCGACACCGAUGAAGGACUCUGGUCACCUCUGACAAAAUACGUCUCGAAUCUGUGGCCAUCUCCUGCGACAGCAUCACCGGCAGGUAUGGAGGGAGAGAUCGCCGCUCCGACCAAUCUGCCGGCCUUCGUCAAAGUAUUGUCAGGGACAAGUGUAUGGCACGGCCAGCUGACACGGUAUCUAUACGACGAUGGUUACCUCAAACUCCGGGAUGGUCUCGCAGAUGCAGCAUAUUAUGGCGAUUGGGAAGCGGUCGAGGAAAUCUUGAAAGCUGCUCAGAGAGCCGGGCUUGGAUCGUGGCCGAACUGUUACCGGAUAGGAGGCUGGAGAGGACCUUCUGGCUGGACGCCUCUGCAUCAAGCCGCCUUUCUCGGAGCGCCUGCUAUGGUGGUCAGAAUGCUGCUAGACUAUGGUGCUUCAAGGAUGCUGCGCACAUUGUGGACUUCGUCAUCCGAGCUGCCUCACAAAAGUAUGACUGCAUUGGAGAUGGCUCGGUUUCUCGGAUUCCGACACCUUUACGACAUUCUCUCACCUGUUCUCCACCAUACCAUUCCACAUACGACACUGGACAAAUUGCAGCAAAAUUUUCAUGAUCUGAUCCGGACUCAUCUCGCUGGGCUACGGGAGGGCGCUAACUUGCGCCUGCCAGAGCUAGAAUUGCUCACGGAGCUUAAGAAUCCGGAGAUGUACUUUCCGCUCAAAUCCCCCAACAUUGCCAUGGGGUACUUCUACCGACUCGAUGGCCGAGAGCUUCUGGUAACGUGCCUCGGGAUAUCAUCGUCUUCUCGUCCCAGAUAUUUUCGUAUCUCGGAGCGUGGGGCACGGGAGAUCCAAGACGCAGUCUUAUUCGACAUGGAGUAAGCACAAUGCAGGCUGGUCCACAAUCUGGGUGACUUACACCACUACAUACACUAUCGACCCCUCUGGGCUAUAUACAUUAUACCGUUCAGCAUCAUCGACCUGUCGUAACUAAUUACCGUUUCCUCGUCCAGCUUCGGGGCUCAUUCAUGACCCGAUCACAACUCAAGACUUGGUCUGCAACAAUGCCGACAAUGCGGACGCAAAGGCCGCAGGAUAUUCAGUGUACCCAACGUGAUCCCCCGGAAGGAGGUUGACCGGCAAUCCAAUCGCUUGCCCAAUGACCUUGUUCGAACGAACCUCCAUGCCCGCAGCGUUCGAAGCGUUCCCAUUGGCAAGCAACAAUUUAUUCUUGUGCUGUCCAAUAGCCGGAAUGCUCCAAUUGUGCAGCGGAUACGGCACGACCUCCCGAUCGAACCA